GGAAUCACAAACUUCCCGCUGCGCUGUCUCAGAUAACAGUGGAACUUGGGCGGUUUGCUUGAGUGUCGUGGCUCCCUGUCAAGUGUUUGGUCUUUUUAAUUCAUUAGGCCAGCGUCUCCUUUUCCAUCCCCCCAGUGAAGGGCCCUCGUGAACCGUCGUGUCCUGGUGAGGUUACACCUGCAAUACCGUUAAGGAGUUCCAGGAUUUACACCCAGUGAUAACGAAGGAAUCGAGUCACAAUCAUGUGUUUAAGAAGGAACUGUGCAGAUGCUGGAAAAUCGAAGGGGCCUUUACCUAAUUCCCGCAAAGACGACCGUUUAGUGGAUUUUAUGCGUGUAUACUUUCAAGCAUGAAUGAUGAUGAUGCCAUUCACAGGUUGGAGGGCUAUGACCCUGACAAUCAGAUUGGGGGAUUGAUAAUAAAAAAGAAGAGUGCCACAGAUGAUCAGCACAUCUUUCGAGCCCCAGCACCAAAGGCCUCACUACUGGGGCUUGAUAAAUUGGCUGCUCAGAAGAGAAAAGAAAAAGAAGAGAAGGAAGAAAAAGAGGAAAAGAAGAAAUCCAAGGUGUCUUCAUACAAAGACUGGGAAGAAGGAAAGGAAGACUUUGGCCCAAUUGAGGAGAGCGAUAGUAAAACUGCCAAAGCUGGGAAAAAGGAGAGAUAUUAUCGGAGUUCUGGUGCAGAGACACCUUCACACACAGGUGGUGUUAGCGAGGAGUUUAAGGAACGUCAUCGGCAAAGAGAACGAGAUCGCCGAGAACACGGAGUUUAUGCAUCUUCAAAGGACAGUGAUAAGGAAAAGAAAAGAGAUCGAAGCAGAGACCAUGAUCGUGAAUCAAGGAGGGAUAGAGAUGAUCGAGAGUGGAGCAGGUCCAGCUCUUCCAGAGCCAAGGACAGAGACAGGUUGGAGCGAAGUGAGAGAGGGUACAGAGACAAUUCCUCAGAUCGAAGUAGAAAUAGCAGAAAAGAUGAACCUGACACACCCAGGCACAGAUUGAAAGAUGCUCUUACUCCUUCUCGAUCUAGCUGGGAGGAUGAUGACAGUGGGAAUGGAACUUAUUAUUCACAUCGAUCUCAAUGGGAAUCACCAUCUCCUACUCCCUCGCAAAGGGAUUUGGAUAAGAGUGAAAGAAGUUAUCGGAGUUCAGGCCGGGAUACUGAGAGACGUGAUAAAGAAAGAUCUAGAAGGAACCAUUAUGAAGAGGAUACACCUUUACCAACGCCAUCGUAUAAAUACAAUGAAUGGGCUGAUGACAGAAAGCAUCUGGGGGCAACGCCGCGACUUUCCAAAGGCAAAGGUAGAAGGGAGGAUGGUAAAGAUGGCAUUUAUUUUGAGAAUGAAGAUGAGCAAAGACAAUGGGAAGAAGAUCAAAGGCAAGCAGAUAGAGAUUGGUACAUGAUGGACGAAGGACAUGAUGACUUUCAUAAUCCUCUAGCAUACACUUCAGAAGAAUAUGUGAAGAAACGGGAACAAUUAUUGCAAAAACAGUCUCAGAAAAGAAUUUCUGCUCAGAAGAGACAGAUUAAUGAGGAUAAUGAGCGAUGGGAAACAAAUCGAAUGUUAACCAGUGGUGUGGUUCAACGUCUGGAAGUGGAUGAAGAUUUCGAAGAGGACAAUGCAACUAGAGUUCAUUUAUUAGUACAUAAUUUAGUCCCGCCAUUCCUGGAUGGACGAAUUGUCUUCACCAAACAACCUGAGCCAGUGAUUCCAGUAAAAGAUGCCACAUCCGACAUGGCAAUCAUCUCUCGCAAAGGAAGCCAGCUCGUGCGCAGGCACCGUGAGCAGAAAGAGCGCAAAAAGGCUCAGCAUAAACACUGGGAACUGGCUGGGACUAAAUUGGGAGACAUCAUGGGCAUAAAACAGGUAGAAGAGAAAGAUAAAGAUGUAGAAGAAGAUGGGAAAGUGGAUUACAGAACUGAUCAAAAGUUUGCUGACCACAUGAAAGACAAGAAUGUUGCAAGCAGUGAAUUUGCAAAAAAGAAAACUAUUCUUCAACAGAGACAGUAUCUACCAAUAUUUGCCGUCAGGGAGCAGUUGCUCAAUAUAAUACGGGAUAACAACGUGGUCAUUGUUGUCGGAGAAACUGGUAGUGGAAAGACUACUCAGCUAACACAGUAUCUUAGUGAAGAUGGGUAUUCAAACUACGGCAUGAUUGGAUGUACUCAGCCCAGGCGUGUUGCAGCCAUGUCUGUGGCAAAACGUGUCAGUGAGGAAAUGAAUGUGAAUCUUGGAGAAGAGGUGGGUUAUGCUAUUCGAUUUGAAGAUUGUACUUCAGAACAAACUGUCAUUAAAUAUAUGACGGAUGGUAUUCUACUUCGCGAAUCUCUGAGAGAAGCAGACUUGGAUCAUUAUAGUGCUGUCAUCAUGGAUGAAGCCCAUGAACGGUCACUAAACACGGAUGUACUAUUUGGCUUACUUCGAGAGGUUGUAGCUCGCCGUGCUGAUCUAAAACUGAUUGUUACAUCGGCAACCAUGGAUGCAGGCAAAUUUGCAAUAUUUUUUGGGAAUGUGCCUGUGUUUUAUAUCCCUGGCCGGACAUUUCCAGUUGAUAUUUUCUUCAGCAAGACCCCCACAGAAGAUUAUGUUGAAGGAGGAGUUAAACAGGCUCUUCAAAUUCACCUGUCAACUAUUCCAGGUGAUAUAUUGAUUUUUAUGCCAGGCCAAGAAGAUAUUGAGGUGACUUGUGAUCAGAUAGUGGAACGCCUGGAAGAACUAGAAAAUUCUCCACAACUGGCAGUGUUACCAAUAUAUUCCCAGCUGCCCUCUGAUCUUCAGGCCAAGAUUUUUCAAAAGGCUCCGGAUGGAAUCCGCAAAUGUAUUGUGGCUACAAAUAUUGCAGAGACUUCACUCACAGUGGAUGGCAUCAUGUUUGUUGUUGAUUCGGGAUACUGCAAAUUAAAAGUCUUUAACCCAAGAAUGGGUAUGGAUGCUCUUCAGAUUUAUCCAAUCAGCCAGGCCAAUGCCAAUCAGCGCGCUGGUCGAGCUGGGAGAACCGGUCCAGGACAGUGUUUCAGGUUGUACACACAAAGUGCUUAUAAAAAUGAGAUGCUGACCGCCACUGUUCCUGAAAUUCAGCGAACAAAUUUGGCGAAUGUGGUGCUGCUGCUUAAAUCACUUGGUGUUCAAGAUUUACUCCAGUUUCACUUUAUGGACCCGCCACCGGAAGAUAACAUGUUGAAUUCUAUGUACCAACUCUGGAUCCUGGGUGCUCUUGACAACACGGGCAGUCUGACUCCAACUGGAAGGAUGAUGGUUGAAUUCCCACUUGAUCCUGCUCUCUCAAAGAUGUUGAUAGUAUCGUGUGAUAUGAGCUGUAGUGCUGAUGUCCUCAUCAUUGUGUCAAUGCUUUCAGUGCCUGCCAUCUUUUAUCGACCAAAGGGCCGAGAAGAAGAGAGUGAUCAGAUGAGGGAGAAGUUUGCUGUGCCCGAAAGUGACCAUUUGACAUACCUUAAUGUUUACCUGCAGUGGAAGAAUAAUAAUUAUUCUACAAUCUGGUCUAAUGAACACUUUAUUCAUGCCAAAGCUAUGAGGAAGGUUCGAGAAGUUCGUUCUCAGUUAAAGGAUAUAAUGGUGCAACAGCGUAUGAACAUUGUAAGCUGUGGUACUGACUGGGAUAUCAUCAGGAAAUGUAUCUGUGCAGCAUACUUUCAUCAGGCUGCAAAACUCAAGGGCAUAGGAGAGUAUGUGAAUGUGAGAACAGGCAUGCCUUGCCACUUGCACCCAACUAGUUCACUUUUUGGCAUGGGAUACACACCAGAUUACAUUGUGUACCACGAACUCGUGAUGACUUCAAAGGAAUACAUGCAGUGCGUAACUGCAGUAGAUGGGGAGUGGCUAGCUGAACUUGGGCCAAUGUUUUACAGUGUUAAGCAAGCUGGUAAAACUCGACAGGAAAAUCGCCGGCGAGCCAAAGAGGAAUUGUCGUCCAUGGAGGAAGAAAUGGCCAUGGCGCAGGAACAGCUUCGGGCACGGAAGGAAGAACAGGAAAAAAAGAAUAUUUUGAAUAGUGUGAGGUCGGUCAAGAUCUAUACACCUGGGCGGAGGGAACCAGGAACACCAGUGACACCACGCCAUACGCCAGCACGCUUUGGACUGUGACUGUUUUUUAACUUUUGUAGAAAAGCUGUUCAAAUAUUCAUGUCCUUAAAUUUAUAUUUGUAUAUUAUAAGUGAGAGAUAAAACUAAUCUACAUUUUUCUAUUUCUUUAGCAAAACAGGUUGUGGUGUGGUGUGUGGGUUUUUCAAUUUGUCACAGUAAAAUGCUGGUGAUGAAUACAUUCAUCAUCACCAUGGAAUGCAUUCAAGUAGGUGUGGCAGCAGCCUUUUUGCAGUCAUCAUGAGGUUUGACAUUGAUCAGUUGAACUGUGCCCAGAGCAAAGGGUCAACUAACUUCUUUGCAAUGUAUACAAGUAACAUGUGCAUUCCAAUGAAUAUUUUAAUUAUUAUUUUUUAUGCUAGAAUUGUUUCAUUGUUCAAAUGUCACACUUUUUCACUUUGCGAAGACUUGCAUUUUUUUUCAAUGAAUCUUUGAGCCUUUAUUUCCAUUUUAUCGUGGAUAUCUGAAAUGGCACCACCAUGAGGUAUUGUAAUAAUCAAAACCAUUAGCUUUCUUUAGUGGAGUAAGUGAACAGGAGAUUUCUAGCUGGAUUAUAGUUUAAUGUAUCUAUCUACAUGAGAUCUUCUUCUUAACCAACAACAAAGCUGUCUUCAAUGGAGAGGAAAUGAGCUCCCUUUGACACUAUAAGAAUCAACUAAAAUAAUUAAUCACAAGGGAAAAUACUAGUCCAAACUUGCAUCUGAGUGUAGAGAAGAGCUGGUAUUUUGCACAUUUAUGUAGUUGAAACAUAUUGCAUAGGUAGCAAGAUCUGUUAGAUAUGCCAUAUUCUAUUGUUUAUUAAACAAGCUUUGUUUGAUUAGCAAAAAUUAACUUGCAUUCCAAUUUAUCUCCUUGUAUGCUCUUAAGUUGGUCAAAUCCAAUAGUGUCAUUGUUUUGUGAAAGUUUAUUUGAAUGUAGUUCUGUGAGAAGGAUGUUCGUACUUGAUUUAUUAACAAAAUGAAGUUGGCUUUCAACUUGUAACUUGGAGAAUUUAAAAAAAACACAAAAAAGACUGAAAACACUCGGCAGGGCAGGUAGCAUCCCUGUGGAUAGACACUUAGGUUACAUAUCAGAUCAUAGAAAUUUGAUUCAAAAAGGGAUUCCCAAAGAGAUAAAAAUGUGUUUUGGAAAAAGUAGGGAGGAAAAGACGAAAUGGAAAAUCGUUGAAUUUAAAGCUGGACAAAUGAAGUAACAAUAGGAGUAACAGGACAAAGAAGCAAAAGCAGAAAGUGUUUCUUUCAUUAGCUGUUGCCUGUCUGUUGAGUGUUUUUCACAUUUUUGGUUUUAUUUCAAAUUUCCUGCACCCGCUAUAUUUUGCAGAUGGAAACGAGAAUUUAUAUAUCUAAUUAUGAAGUCCCAAAUGAUCAAUUUUUCUGGUGAAUUCUUCUGACCGGUAUCUAAAAUCUAACACGCAGCUAAAUACUUGGAAACUGUUGUUAGUUGUAACUUUUAAAACUUGAAGCUCCAUGCAGUAGAAUAAGGAUGCACAAAGACUCCAGACUUAUUCUUCUAAUUAUUCUUCUCAAAACAUUUUAUUAACAAGGUUAUUUCUUUGAACCCUUCUUCACAAAUAUGAGAUCUAAAUCCCAACGUUAAUCUGAGAGAAAAUGUAAUUUCAUUCAUCUUUUUCCAACUAAUUUUUAUUCUUUUGCCGAGGUCCCUUUAUCCUUUAACAAUUUGUCUUGCCCUACUCGAAUUUUCAACAUAGUUUUAGUUAUGUAAACACCUUGUGAUUUUGCUGUGUGUGGUCUUUUACAGUCAGAAUCCCCUCAGUACAUUUUUGUACUGGAUUGGAGUCCUAUCGGGUAUAGCAGAGGUUCUGAGAAAUUAUUUUUGACCAUAAUUGUCCACAGAAUCUAUUGAUAUUCCAUCUCAGUAAACUUCCACAUAUGCAUAGAUGUUACUGGCUUCAUCUUUCAUGAAUUUUACAGACAUCAAGAAUUAAUGAAGGCCACUACUUAUUUUGUCAAGUGGUGCGUUGGUUGAUGUAGCUAACUUGUAGCUCCAGAGAUCCAGGUUUGAUCAUGAUCUUCUUGGGUGCUGUCUGUAAGGAUUUUGCACUUUUUUUCCCCUUGUGACUGCACAGGGUUCCCCUAGAUCCUUUGGUUUCCUUCCACAUUUAAAGAUAUGCUGCUUGGUGGGUUAAUUAACGCUAGUGUACAUUGGUAGCAGGAGAAUUAGAGAUGGGGUUUGGGGACAGGAGUUUCAUGCAAGAGGAAAAUUGGGAUCAGUGUAGAUGGGUUGGUAUGGAUGUUGUUGAUCUAAAAGGCCUGUUUCUAUGCUAUAUGGUUCUAUUAACCAGUUGACCUAUUUUUAAUAAACCAAGAAAGAAUCUAGAUGAGGUGAAACGCUGUGUGCAGUAGGGGAAACCAAAAUUGAUGAUUAUUGUACAGGUUGGCCAACAGCAAUAACAAUUAACUGGUAAAAUGGGCAUAAAUACAAGUCAUGGAAAGCAUUAACUGCAGCAAAGAAACUAAAUGGGGAGCAUCAAUAGGCUGCCAGAUUUUUGUACAAAAAUGCUGAUUUUUGCAUUUGCUUGUCAGAAAUGUUGUGCAUUUGUGUGAAACAAUUCUUCAAUAAAUGUAAAAAUAUUUUAUUGUAAAAUAAGUCCCAGAUCUUGUAUUCAAAAGCAGAUUGUGAAAAUGUGUGAGAAUAUUGAUCCAAUAAACGUGGAAUUGUUUAAUUGGAAACAAAAGUAAA